UUGUAUUAAAACGUUGGAAGGAGGGAGUUAAGUAGAAAUUGUCAUCCCACCCGUCUUUAAUACUGUUUCCUCAGACGGAGGGUGCAGUGCAGUGCAGGGAAUCAUUUCAUUUCUUCUUCUUCUUCGCCGCCGCCGCCACCUUCCACCCCUUCAGCCGCCACUCCAAUCCAAGGAGGAUGAGUGAAGAGGACACCAAUGCUGCUGCUGGGCAGCCCAGGCGCGCCCCUAAGCUCAACGAGAGGAUCCUGUCCUCCUUGUCGAGGAGAUCAGUAGCUGCACAUCCGUGGCAUGAUCUUGAGAUCGGCCCUGGUGCUCCUGCUGUCUUCAACGUUGUUGUUGAGAUCACCAAGGGAAGCAAAGUGAAAUAUGAGCUUGACAAGAAAACUGGACUGAUUAAGGUCGACCGUGUCCUAUACUCAUCAGUUGUGUAUCCCCAUAAUUAUGGUUUCAUUCCAAGGACACUUUGUGAAGACAAUGAUCCAAUGGAUGUUCUGGUCCUGAUGCAGGAGCCUGUUAUUCCUGGUUCCUUCCUCCGUGCUAGAGCAAUUGGCCUUAUGCCCAUGAUUGACCAGGGUGAGAAGGAUGACAAGAUAAUAGCAGUAUGUGCUGAUGAUCCUGAAUACCGUCAUUACAAUGACAUCAGUGAGCUGUCUCCUCACCGCCUCCAAGAGAUUAAACGCUUCUUUGAAGACUACAAGAAGAAUGAGAACAAGGAGGUUGCUGUUGAUGCAUUCUUGCCUGCCAACACUGCUCGUGACGCCAUUCAGUACUCCAUGGACCUGUAUGCGCAAUAUAUCUUGCAAAGCUUGAGGCAGUAGAGUGCUACCCGAUCUUUAUCGUGAAAAUAUUGUAUUUGUGCCAACUGCAAAACUGGAGUAGAGACUUUGUUCACAAAAAUGGAGUGCUAUGGGGCUGGCUAUGAUUUCCUUUACCCUCCAGCUGUGUAUCAAUUUGCAUGUGGUUUCAUACUUACAAAUUAUGAAUAAGUGAAGUUUGGGCAGACAUGAAUUUGUUCUGUGUCAUGCUUCUGUCCCUCCGGAUCGUUUAUUGACAUGAAUUACUGUUCUUGUUAUAUUAUUUCUAUCUGCUCUAA